CACACUCACAAACAACACACUUAUACUUGACAUCACAAAUCUUGCUCAAAAUGCCUCCUCUUCGUCUCGCCAUCCUCGAAGCCGAUACGCCCCAGCCGCAAACCCGCGAUCGUUAUGGCGGUUACACAGGCGUCUUUACCGCGCUCCUCGAAGCAGCGGCCAAGCCCAAAAAGCUGUCUGAGCUCGUCUCCAUCAAGGGCUACGACGUCGUUAACGAGCUGCACUCGUACCCCGUGAUCGAGGACAUCGAUGCGAUCCUCAUCACUGGCUCCCGACACACGGCGUUCGACAACGACCCUUGGAUCCUCAAGCUGGUAGAGUACACGAAAAAGGCCAUCGCAUCGAAUCGCGUGCGCGUCGUGGGUGUUUGCUUCGGACACCAGAUCGUUGGGCGAGCUGAGGGUGCCAAGUGCGGUAGGAGCAAUAACGGGUGGGAGGUUGCUGUCACAGAGGUUGAUCUGACAGCCAAGGGCAAGGAGGUGUUUGGGUUGGACAAGAUGCGCAUUCACCAGAUGCAUCGCGAUAUUGUCGACGCAUUUCCCAAGAACUCUAUCCCUCUGGGCUCCAACAACAUUUGCGAAGUUCAGGGGUUCUACUCGCCUGGAAAGUACAUCACAGUGCAAGGACACCCCGAGUUCAACGAGGAGAUUAUUUCUGAAAUUCUCUUUAACCGUCAUACCGUUGGCAUUUUCACGGACGAAGUAUAUAACGAUGCCAUGAAGCGUGCGCCUCUACCCCAUGAUGGAGUCGCUAUUGCCAAGGCCUUUCUCAAGUUUUGGAGAGAGGGGUAAAAUGUCAAACUUCAAAUUGUGUAUGAUUUAGUAUAAAGAGGAGGAUCAGCGUUCGAAUUACAUAGAACGAUAUACGAUGCACGAAUUGUCUUGGUA